AUGUUCCCACGCAUGAUGCGCGCCGCUCUCACCAGGGCAAUGAUAGCCACUGGACUCAAAUCCCGACAAUGGUCUCCAAACAUGUUCACCAUAGCCAGCCAGGUUCCGGUGCAAGGUCAACGACUGAAGCAUGCCCUGACCGCCAGUGGACAAGUUCGAAAGGACGCCGCUCUACCUAGCGAGGAAGCAUCAACUAGCAUGGUCCAAUAUGCCCUGUUGGUGACCCAAAGGACCACCCUCGAUAAAGUCGCCAACUGGAUUCACGAGAGCUCCCUCUACCCGAUGACCUUCGGCCUUGCCUGCUGCGCCGUGGAGAUGAUGCAUGUCGCCGGACCGCGGUACGACGUUGGUCGACUGGGCCUUUUGUUUCGUGCUUCGCCGCGCCAGUCAGACCUUAUGAUUGUCGCAGGAACCCUCACCAACAAAAUGGCACCAGCACUUCGUCAGGUCUACAACCAGAUGCCUGAGCCACGAUAUGUCAUCAGCAUGGGCAGCUGUGCAAACGGUGGCGGAUAUUAUCACUACAGCUACUCCGUUGUCCGAGGUUGCGAUCGAGUUGUGCCUGUUGACGUCUACGUUCCCGGAUGUCCUCCAACUGCUGAAGCCUUGGUUUACGGAAUAUUUCUGAUUCAGAAGAAGAUUCGGGGGACUCGGGUAACGCAAUCUGGAUCCUUCCGGUGCCCUCUUGCCACAAACGGCGUGCGAUCAUAUCUCUAG